AUGUCCUCAAUAGAUGCUGACACAAGGACCUCCAUUAUGGUGGCUGGUUUCGUCGGCCUCGUCGGUGUGAUUGGAUACAUGGCAUACAAGAAUACCCAUGGUGCUGAGCAAAAGAAGCCAGAAGUUGACUCAUUGUACAAACGAAUUGGUGGCGAGCCUGCUGUAGAUGCUACUGUCGAAAAGUUCUAUGAUCUCGUCAUAGCUGAUCCCCUCCUACAACCAUUCUUCAAGAACACCAACAUGAAAAGGCAAAGAGGCAUGCAAAAGGCCUUCUUCAACCACGUACUCGGUGGCAAACCUUACAAUGGCAAGAACAUGAAGGAGGCUCACGCCAAGAUGGGUUUGAAAGACGAGCACUUUGAUGCUGUCGCAAGACAUUUGAAAGAAGCCAUGGAGUCACUGAAUGUACCAACAAGCCUCAUCAAUGAAGUGCUGGCUGUUGCUGAAACUACCAGAAACGAUGUCUUGGGACGCUACUAG